AUGGAUCAACGCAGAAACCUCUUUAGAUUCGACGCCUCCAUACUUCGUCUUCCGAAAUCCCAGAAGCUCCGGUCGGCCGGAGUGUACCUCUCGGGUGCUUUGUUUGCAAUUGGCUUUUGGUCCAUGGUAGACGCUGCUGUGUACUCCAAGACGGUCAAUGCUAGUGUUGUUCAUAUCACAUUCGUUGAUUGGAUUCCAUUUAUUUGCUCCACAUUGGGUAUGAUCAUUGUCAACUCGAUUGAAAAGUCCAAUUUGUUCACUGACGGUCAAAACUCGUUUUUGGGUGAUGGCAACACACACGCCUGGGCAGCAAGGGUGAUUUUGUUUUUCGGGUUUUCCUUACUAGCUGGCGGCUUGGCCGGCUCAUUCAUGGUGUUCAUUCUUAAAUUCUUGAUGAAGCACUACACUUUCCCUACUUUGGGCAUGGGCGUGUCCAACAUUAUCUGCAAUGGUUGCAUCAUGCUAAGUACCAUCGUCUUGUGGUUGUCUCAGAACAUCGAGGACGAGUACAGCUACAGCUUGGCUUUGAACUAG